GGCUGGUGAAUCAAUAACUUAAUCUUUAAGAACUGAUUUUUUUUAAGUUUUCAUAUCAGCGGAUAGACUAGAUGGGAAUUCACUUGUCAGAUGAGAAACAUUAAAAUAUAAUAAACUUUGUGCAUUUAAAAUAUCACAGCAAGGAGGAUAAACCAUAGUGAAUAAUGGCUGUUCCUGGUAAAAAGGCAUCUCAGAAAUUCUCAUCUACACUAUCUCAGGGUGGUGCUGAAGAUUUUGACAUUUAUUGUGAAAUAUGUGACAGAGCUGAUAUCAGGCUUCCUGCCUUUGGUUACUGUUUAGAUUGUGAGGAACACUUAUGUCAAUCUUGUUUCAACACUUACAGACGACCAAAACCACUACGCCAUCACCAACUCUUAGAUAAAGAUCACAUGCCACAAAAACAAAAACUCCAUAGAUCGUACAAAUCUACUUCCAGUCCACAGACUGGUGAUUUUAUAAAGCCUUGUACUAAACACAGCAAGGAAGUGAUUAAAUUCUACUGUCAUGACCAUAAUGCUCUUAUAUGCAGCGUUUGUGUGACCCUUGAACACACACCAACAUCCUGUCAUGUGGACUACAUACCUGAUAUAUCAGGGCAGAUUUUAGACAGCAGGGAGUUCAAGGAAACUCUAAAAGAUAUUGAUAAAUUGACAAACAAAUGCUCCAAGAUUACAAGUGAUCUGAAACAAAGAGUUGCUAAAUCAACAUCUUCUCUUAAAGAUGCUAUAGCAGAAAUUGACAAUUUCAGAAAAGAGAUAAACAAGAGAUUAGAUGAACUAGAAAAGGAGGUUAAAGAUACUGCUACAACACUCCAACAAGUCAACAACAAAAAGUUGAAAACAACAGAAACAACAUGUGAUGACAUCAACAAAUCACUUCAAGCAUCAGCUGAUACUCUGAAACAUCUCAAUUCAAACAAGAAAACUGACCAACUGUUUACUGAACUUAAGAGAGCUCAGCAACUGAUUCAAGAUAAUAACAAUAUAAUAUCACAACUAUCAACAAUCAAUGACAUUGAUGAGUACAUCUUUGAACCAAAUCAAGACAUCAAAAAAUUCUUUCAAGAUCAGAAAUCAUUAGGAACAUUGAGCAGUAAGAAUAAGAAACAGCCAGCUGAACCAAAGAAUCCAACUGCAGUAGCAAUGAAAUUGUCUACACCUAGAAACUUCAAUGCUAAAUCUUCCUCAGAUAAAAGUGAUUGCUGGAUUACUGGUAUAGCUGUUUCUCCUCAAAAUCAAAUAUUUGCAGCAGAUUUCAAUAAUGACUCUAUUAAAAUGAUAGACAUUAAUAGUGGAACAAUAAAACAAUUAAAGCUUGACUCAGGACCAUGGGAUAUCACCAUUGUCUCCAGUGAUUCACUUGCUGUUACAUUACCAGACAGUAAAACAAUACAGUUCAUUUCCUUCUCCCCAGACUCACUCUCACUGAAGAACAAACUGAAGGUAGAUGGAGAGUGUCAUGGUAUCAGUCAUCAUCAGGGAAAACUUGCAGUCACAUUUGUAAAUCCUGCUAAAUUACAAAUCAUGGACUCAAAAGGUAAUACUGAAGUUAAAGUUUAUAAAGAUUCCAAAGGGGACAAAAUAUUCAUUUAUCCUUGGUUUGUCACAACAAACAGUCAUUCAAUCUAUGUAUCUGACUGUUACAAACAUGUAGUUCUACGAUUUAACUGGCAGGGAGAGAUGAUAGGAUCAGUAGGAAUUAUAGGACCAAGUGGUAUAACACUGUUAGAUGAUGGGUCUCUCUUGGUGAAUGGUUACAACAGUGAUUGUAUAUAUAGAGUAAGUGAUGACUGUAAAGACAGUAAAACUAUACUGGAGGAUGUAGACAGUCCUUAUGCUGCAUGUUGGUGUGCUGAUAAUAGUAUACUUUGUGUUAGUAGAAGAAACAUUCGCAGUGAUGACAGUGAUAACAAUUAUAUCAGAUUGUAUAAAAUGAUGUAAAAGACAUGACAAGAUAUGAUAUGACACUAACAAUUGUAUAAGUGCAUCAUAUCAUCAUCAUUCAUUCAAUACAUUACUAUAAAAAUUAGUGAAACAUUAUGAUAUCACAUAUAACUUUAGUUUUGUUGAUCUAUAAAUGAACAGACAUAUUGUUA